AUGCCACCAACUAAUCAAGUACGCUAUGAUAAGGACUUGCAAAAAUUAAAUUCAUUCACUCAACAUGUGUCCCAAAAAUGGAAGGUUACCAUUACAGAACUUGCAUACAUCUCUUCAUUUGUAGUAAGUGUCUUGGUGGGUAAAGUAAUUCAUGUUUGUUCACAAAAGGAAGAAGUGUACAAUUAUUUUAAUGAUAAGAGGAAUUUCUUUAACCAAUACUUUGUGAAGAAAGGUUGGGGCUGGACUACGUUGGUGAUUGUUAUCUUUUACGCUCUUACAUUGAAGAAAGGUCUGAAUUUGCCCAUUGGGAAAGUACUUAGAAGAGCGGUAAUUAACUACUUGUUGGUCACAGUGUGGUGGAUAUUUUUCACCCAAUGGUUUUUCGGAUUCCCCAUUAUGGAUAGGGUAUUUUUAUGGACAGGAGGGAAAUGUGCUGGUAUUGAACAUGAAAGAUUAGUGGAUCAUCUGACAUUUACAAAGAAUCCUUCAUUUUUCCAACAAUUAGAAGAAACUACCUUAUUUGAAACUCAAAUGGUGUCUUCAUAUGUUUGUAGAUCACUCAAGGGUUCAUGGAGUGGUGGGCAUGAUCCUUCUGGCCAUGUGUUUUUACUUGUACAUUCAUCAUUAUAUUUGGUAUUUGAAUCUUUACCAUUCUGGGAAUCUUGGACCAGGUUGAAACUUAAUACAAGACAAUUAAUAUCUAAUGUGAGAAAUAGUCCUACAAUAAGUUCUAAACUUUUCAAUUUAUUGAAAUUUAUUGCUGCAAACCCAAAUAUUUUGGUAAUAUUACUUGUAUCAUUAUGGUGGUGGAUGUUAUUCAUGACUUGUAUUUAUUUCCAUUCUAUUGCAGAAAAGUUUGUGGGACUUAUUUUUGGUUAUGCUGCGUUUUCUGUAUUGUAUAUAUUACCCCGGUGGAUAUAG